AUGGGGGCAGUAGAGCGCCCAGAGACAACAGGCGGGUUUGCCGACUUCGAUGCAGGUCACCGAGAUCUGGUAGCUGUGACCAAGUACAACUAUUAUGCAAAUCGGCUCCUCACAGCAUCUUUGGACCACCGAAUGAAAGUCUGGGACCUCAAAGAUGGUCAAUGGCAGCUCGUUGAUACCUGGACUGCCCACGAUGCCGAGAUUCGCGAUGCUACAUGGAACGGUCCCUUCACAGGCCAACAUAUCGCCAGUAUUGGAGAGGAUAUGAGACUGAAGAUCUGGCAGGAAGAUGUAACGCAAUCUCCUGGAUCAGGUCGGCGUUUCAGAUCGAUCUUUCGCUUAACAGCGCCUCAUCGACAUCCCUUUGUGUCCCUGGACUUCCGCAACAUUGACCUGGAGUCAUGGCUCGCCGUUAUCACGCGUGAUGGCUACUUGAUGAUCUUGGAACCCGUCAGCCCAGAUAGCCUGGCGGACUGGCAGACUAUCGACCAGUUCCGGGUCUGCGCAGCACCCGAGCGUGGCGAGGAGACAAGCUUCAAGGUUCAAUUCCAUCAUGACUCCGCCGAUAUUACACACACAAUUCUUCCAGAUUCAGAUCGAAAGAGUCUGUCACUUGUGGUGGCAGCCAUGGACACGGUCAAAAUCUAUCGUACUGACUCAAACCGGCGCUUCUACCACGCAAUCGAGCUGAACGGACACCAUGGCCUCGUCAGGGAUAUCUCUUGGGCACGUGGCUCAGUACGAGGCUACGAUCUCAUCGCAAGUGGCGGCAAAGAUGGACAGAUCCGCAUCUUUGAAGUCUACACAACCACCACCAAUCAAGGAUCUCAAGCUCCAAGUUCUCGAAAAGCCGAACGGCGCCAGCAGCAAUCAUCCUCGACACGAACGACGACCCAGUCUGGCAUAGGAAGUGCUCUCGCAAAUCGCACACCCAAUUCAACCUCUAGCCGCCAGGCUACCGGAGACUCUCAGUUCCGCCAUUCGUUCAAACAGGUGGCGUGUCUUGAUAGUAAGCACCUUGAUAUCUGGCAGGUGGACUUCUCCUUUGCUGGCGAUUCCUUGAUGUCCUCAGGCGAUGAUGGCGCCGUUCGGUUCUGGAAAAAGUCGUUGUCGGGAGAAUGGCUUGAGUUUGCUGAGACUGGUAUGGCAACUCAGUGA